AUGUCUUCCCCGUCUACACCACAAUCGACGCGGUCCGCCUCGCCCGCAGGCGACUCACCCAACAUUAUCACACCUGGUCAAAAAAUUAAGGCUUUGAUGGCAGAGUUUGACAGCGACUCAGAAGACGACAAUCGAAUUGCCAAAUCGACAAGCGGUGUUUCAAAGCUUAAUCCACGUGAACCUGGAGCCUCCAGACCAAGCGCAAACGAUCCAGCUGAUGACUCGGACUCUGAAAGUGAUGAUGAUGUCGCGCGCCCCAAGGGACGUAUGGCGGCUCGGAUGCAGGGUAACAAAGCGACGUCUCCUCGACCCAGAAACGACACAACCAUGCCUGACGGUUCCCCACCCGAGAAGGCUCAAGCCUUGAAGCAAAAGGCCAAGGCGGAAGUGACAAUGGAUGAGGACAGCGACGAUGAUCUACCUGUGGGAGGCCCCAGGAGGAAAAAUAAAACCAAGUCGAAUUCACCCGAACCGGAAGCAAACUAUUCUCCUGCCCGAUCAGUGUCGCCGCUGUUCGUAUCCUCCCCGGGUGAGCCUGAUGUGGGAAGUCCCAACGAAGCCGAUGAAACGGAAAAGCCGAAAGCCAAUGAGCGUUUCCUAUCCCUCGUCGCCAAAAAGCGCAAAGAGCGCGAGGAGCGCGAAAAGGCGGAAGCUGAAAAGAAAGCCGCAAGAAGAUCCCAGAUGGAACACUUCAGCUCUGAGAUCAUGUCCGGCGAAGAGAGCGGCGCGGACGAUCCUGGAUCUGCGCACAAGCUUUCUCAGAAAGCCCGCCAACCCCGAAAGGCUAGCAAGAAGGCAUUGGAUGAGAUGAGGCAAGAAACCCAGCGUAUGAGUCGAAAUAUGCAAUUGGCCCACCAAGCCCAGACAAAGAAGAAGAUCACCAAGGAAAGCCUUUUUGCACGGUUCAACUUCAUGCAACCUGAACCUUCAACCGACCAAGCCACAGCAAAUUCUUCAAUAAAUAAUUCCCAGAAUACGUCUGAUGGAGACUUACGCACACAAAACAAAGAUACCCCACAAACUUCUCCAGCUCGUCCUGCAAAUCAGUCACAGCCAGCCGUUGAUUCUGAGAACACACAAGCCGUUAUAGAUACGGAUGGAGACGAAUGCCUCUCCCCACCAAGAUUCCAGGCCAAAGCACCUACAACAAAGGAUACAUCCCCUCAGACCAAUACUGCCAAAGCUAAGUCAGCUUCAUUGUCCACACAGCGUCCAUUCCGUGUGAGGAUAUCAAGACAACAGAUUGCCGAGAGGCAGAAAAUGGACGAUUCAGAUGAAGAGCUUGAGAUCGUUACCUCCCCUGGGAAGUGCCGCCGACUAGCUGCUUUUGAAAACCUGCCAACCAGACAAAAGCAAGAGAGUCCCGCCAUGCUGAAGCUGAAGGCAUUGGCCCACCUGACAGAUAAGAAGGAAGGGGAUUCCAUGAGCCCUGGGGAGCUUUCCGCAAGCUUGUUACUUCGCGCCCGACAACAAGCUGCCAAGGAACGCAAGGAGCGCAUCGAAGAGCUCCGGGCCAAGGGCGUUGUUAUUGAGACUGCAGAGGAACGUGCGGCCAUGGAAGAUGACAUGGAGAACCUUGUAGAGAAGGCGCGCAAAGAAGCGGAUGAGAUUGCCCGCCUGGAGAGAGCUGCUAAGAAGAAAAAUAACGAUAACGACGACGAAGACGAGGAUGAUGACUAUCAGCUGUCUGGAUCUGAUGACGAUGACGACAACAAGGGUGGAGAAGAGGACGAUGAAGAAGACGAAGACGAAGACGAAAAUGACAGUAUCAACGGAGGUGAAUUCGUUGAACGAGAGGCAAACGAAGAGGACGACGAAGACAGCGAUGAUGAGCCAUCAGACGCAGAGGUGCCUUCCACCAGGCGCAAGCACCCUACCCGGGUCAUCAGCGACGAUGAAGACGAAGAACAAGUUCAUGUGCCAUCAACGCCUCUGAAAGCACCUACCCAUACCGCUCAGUCGGCCGAACGCCCUAAGUUCCCUGCUGGAAUACGAACUCCGGAUGAUAUGUCUCUUGGUCUGACACAAGCCUUUGCCUCCACAUUGGACAGCAAUGGCUUUGGUAGCCAACCUCCCUCUUCAACGAUACCCUUUUCUCUCCCUGACCCUGGCCAGCCGGCAGCGAAACUCCGCAAGGAGGAUUCCGAAAUUCUUGCGCCUGACAGCCAACCUCAGGUUCAUGAUAAGGACUUCGCCGAUAACUACUCGCAGAACGUGACUCGUGUGUCAGAGUCACCCGCUCCUUAUGCCUUCUCCGAGUAUUCGCAGUCACAACUGCCUGACCCUACCCAGGAUGAAGGCUUUGUGUUCUCGCCCUUCGACCCCUCGAAACGCUUCAGGGACACUCCACCUGUUUCCACGGUGGAUACCGUUCUGGUGGGCCAAACCCAGUCGCCCGUGGCAGACCGCAAACGCAAGAUGCUACGCCGGGGACGUGCAACAGAGAUGGCUCAAUCUGAUGAGAAAGAAGGUGGUUUCGAAAUCAACCCCACUGCUUUCGAUGUCAUGAAAAAGUCCAAGGCAGCGAAGAAGCAGGCAGAGAGCUACGACAAGAAAAACAGCAAGGCCAAAGAUAUCGUUGACGAAGCUGCGGAAGAGUCUGAGGACGAGUAUGCAGGCCUUGGCGGUAACAGCGACGAAAGUGACGGCGAAGAGAACGCAAUUGAUCGACACAUGAUCAAUGAUAACAGCGGCGAAGUGGUUGACGAGAAGCAACUAGCUGCACUUAACGCUGUCCAUGAUCGUAACCGCGACGAGAAAGAUGUUGCUAAGCUGAUGCGAGACAUCACUACUGGAGCUCUACGCCGCCGCAAGAAUGCAGAUGACGAUCUCGAUCUCGACGACUCCGAUGAUGAACAUCAGGCUCGUCGUCGAGAAAAGCAGCGCGAGUUCGCAAAGAUGCGCCGCGCUCUACUUGCCGAUGAAAAGAUCGGCGAGAUUGCCGAGAAUCCCAAGAAAGCAGCAUUCUUCAAAGCUGUUGAGGACCGUGAAAUGGACGAUGAUUUCAACAUCGACUUCCUCGAGGAGGAACAAGCCGGUUCCCAGGAAAUGUCCCAAGAUGCACCCUCGGAAGAGAAAUCAAACGACACAGAAAACAAACUCAAGCGACCUCUCGAGCAAUCCACUGAAGAUGCCAAGAACCGACCACCGCCUCAUCUUCGCCGCACUCGUCCCAGUGCAGCGUCUAAGAAGCCAGCCACUCUAGCAGAAAUCCGUCAAACGCUGUCAUUCCUGACUGAGACACCCGAAUACGACUCAUUCCGCGAGGAUGCAUCUCUCGAAGAAGAAGCCCAUGGCGAAGACGAAGAAGGCGAAAAUACCCCGACAGAGGGUGCAGCAGACGAAGACCCAGAAGACGCCAACUUCGCCAAACCAAGCAACCCACGACGCACUCGUGGAGUUGUCGUCGACCGGCUCGCCCUCCUUCGCCAAGCAUCAUCCAACUCCGCAAACACAAACCCCGGAGCGAACUCCAAGGUCGCAUUCCACAACAGUGGUGGUAGUGAGGGCCCCAUCGGGUUCCGUCCACCCCAACUCCUACGCCGCGUUACCACUGGUGGCUCGUCUUCCAGUAGCUCCAGCACAUCGAACCGCGUUUCCAAGGCUGCAGCCUCUGGUCCGAAGAAGGGCGGUGCUGUCAAUUCAUACACAGCUGCGCGUGAGCGCGAGCGCGAGAAGGAACUGCGUAUCAAGGAACGUAACAGCGGCUCGAACAUUGCCAAGUUAUUGGGUAAACAUACUGGCGGUGGUCUCGGUGCGUUGGGUAAAGGCCAGUGGGAAUGA